AUGUCCUUCAUUAUCAAUAAAGGUAAGAAAAUACUCCAAAUUAUCUCUGCUCUUAGGGGCACCUGGUGGGGAGCUCACCCUCAUAUGCUUAUCUCCAUCUACAGAUCUAUGCUGCGCGCUUCCAUCGAAUACUCUGCCCACAUCUUCGGGCUUAUAAAUAACGAUAAAUCACGCGCCCUCCAAGUGCUCCAAAAUCAAGCCCUCCGCCUAUGCUUCGGCUACCGCAUUUCUACUCCCCUCAACGUGAUAUACGCGGAGACUGUUGAACUUUCUCUCCCUUUCCGAUUCCGUCUUCUCACCUCCCGUUACUUUAUGAAAAUCAGUUCGGUGCGUGAUCAUCCAGCAGUUCUUAAGCUCCAUGAACUAUGUGACUUGGCUAUGCGCAAGAAUAGAAUGGACUAUUUACGUGCCCAUUUUCCAGCCGCACUUACUUUUCGUCACAUCUGGACUUUCCAUCAGGACAUAGACUGCUCCUUCACCCUUCCUAACUUCCGGCACUCUUUCCACUCCACUAUUACUUCUUCUUCUUAUACUUCUCUAUCAGUACCCUCUCUCGAAUCCUUGAAACUUUUUCCUAAUUUAUGCGCACAAGCUUUAUUCGACCACGAAUUCUCUCAUCUCACAGCUGAAUCCACCGUAUUCUACACCGACGGCUCCAAAGUCGAUCAUGGGACGUACGUCGGGGCGGCUGUUUUCUCCCCGCAGUUGCGCGCCGAACUUAUGUACAGACUCUCUUCGUACACCUCCGUCUUCUCGGCGGAAGCUUACGCUAUAUACAACGCAGUUACACUAUCUAUAGAUUUGCACCUGCGCAAAGUUUCUAUCGUCACCGACUCCAAAAGCGUACUUGAUUCUAUUAGCGGAUCCAUCAACCGUACUAAUAACUAUCUCAUCCCUCUUAUUAAGGCCGGAUUGGAGGAGGCUGAGGCCAAUGGCACGCGAAUACAAUUCAUAUGGGUCCCCUCUCAUAAAGGUAUCACUGGUAACGAAAAAGCCGACCAACUAGCUAAAAGAGCUAUCAGACAGGGCAUUGAACCGAAUUUCAAGGUGCCAUACUCGGACAUGUCCGCAGUCAUCAAACAACGGAUUUCUGAUAACUUCUAUCGUCACCUUGAAUCUAUGGCAGAAACUAAGGGUGCUUACUUCUUCACUCAUAUAUUUCGUAAAUCUUCUAAACCUUGGUACUUCCAUAAGAAGAUUUCCAGAGAGAUCAUUGUCAUUCUUAAUCGCCUGAGAUCCGACCACUACAAUCUUAACUUCAGCUUAUACCGCAAAAAUCUAUUUGAAGAACCCUCUUGUCCCUGCGGAUCGCCGCGACAAGACAUUAUUCACCUGAUUUAUGAUUGCCCUUACACCUACGUCCAAGCGCGAUAUUUAAGACGCAUGGUUGACCGUACCUCGAACGCCGGUGACAAUGCUAAUAAAUUCUCGCAGGCCAUCUCUGACCCGUCAGAAUGCGUCUGCCGCCUCAUUCUCAAUCUUUGCAAAGCUUGUAACAGGCAUUUCUGA